GCGAAGAACUGUUCAUCUUCUACGUGACCAAUACGGAUGUGAAUCGGCAUCGAGCCAGUCCCAACGGUCCACAAAACGCCCAACCGGCAGGUCGAAAAACUCAGAACGAACUGUGAUAGUGAACAGCGCCCUCAUCGCAACCAUGUUCAAACAGGACGGAGGCAUAAACUUUCCACUCAUCGCCUGCGUGGGGUUGCGUUCUUGUCAGACCCUUAAAGUUCCCGUGAAGCAAUCCUAUUGUCUUCGCGCCACUUCCUCUUUGAAUGUCCUGUAUUCUGACGGUGCUGCUCCCAAAUAAUUCUUCUCGGGAUAUUCCAACAUCCCGAUUGCACUAUUACGGCCUACCUAGAAUGUCUACGACAUGCCCGCUGUAGUCUUGCGGUGGCCAAAAUUACGGCUGAUCUUUUCUGAUCAGAUCCGGUAAACCGCUUUUGUGUGGGCGAACAGGAACGUCAACAUCGUGCGGCAGCAGCCUUGUGGAAAACGUAUGGGCGAAAUGGAUACCUAACAUUCGUGCGACAAGAUUGUGUGCAAACCGGACACACCAUACAAGCCGGCCUGAGAUAAGCAAACACCUGCACUGGACCGCGGCCUGAGGGAUGAACGAGCGUGCCGCGCCAGGAACGGGAGAGGAAAGAGUGGGGAGGAGAGAGCGCCAGCGAGGCAAGGAGGGACAAAGAAAAGGGAUGCCUAAUGCGGCCGAGCGGCUGCUGGCACUGGACAAGAGCUGCACAGGCACAGCUGAGCACGCACGGAGGGGGAAACAGCAACAGCUUCACAAGCCGCUCCGGCAGGGCGGGCAGGGCAGGGCGGAAGCAGAGGCUCGCCACGGCCACACACCUCAGCCACACGGUGGGGCGCAGCGAACCCAUUUGCGAAGGAGAGAAGGAAGGAGGAAGAAGCAGAGGAGAGGGAGGAGGAUAGCAGGGAACGAGAAGGAGGACAGGAUAGAGUAGAACGGCGCGCAAGACAGGUCUUCGGUGGAAGGGCCAAGCCCGCUGAUCUCCAACAAAAACCUUGGGGGUGCUCCCUCAGAAUUUGUCAGCACCACCAGGGGGGACGAUAUCCCUCAGCAGUGCCCGCGACAUCAGCACCUCGCCAAUGAUUAUAGCUUGUGCCCGAGCGGGCUCCCCGCAAAAGGGGUCACCGCGCGAUCCCUCGAUACGGCAGGGGCAGUCCUGCUCGUGGAAGCCCCGCUCAGCGUGGAGGAGACGAAAGGGAGAGGAAGCUCCGGCACGAUCGCGGAAAGAGCAGGAGAGGACGUGGGCCCAGCGGGCUGGGCACACGAGCACCGCUCCAGAAGAAGAGAAGGUGAAACGGCAUAAACAG